AAGAGGAGGAGAGAGUGAGAUAGAGAGAGGAGAGAGCGGAGGGGAUAAACGGACAAGAGGGAAAAGCUGAGAACAAAUCCAAGCCAACCAACCAAUCCAAAUAUCCAUAGACCACAAUCUCCAUUGGACCACAGCUCUCCUUCCCCAACCAAAACUAAGAAGAGAAACCCCUGCAACUCUGCAAGAACACCACCAUCCCACCUCCCAGCGAGAAAAUCUUUUUGUACGAAAAAAGGGGGUGGUCAGAUUUACUCCACAUCACUCCCCAUGCACCGGCCCUGAGGAAAGCGUUCCAGUCGAGUCUCCAUUCUUCCACGAUUCCAGGAAACCGUCGCCGAUCUAAGCAAAUCUUGUUCACCAGAGCGCCAACAAGUUGUUGCCUCUUGGCUUCAUGACAGCUCCUUGACCUGCUGCUGCUGCUGCUCGUUAUCCAGCUUUUUCCUUGGGUAAUUAGCUACCUGCUCGUCGUCGUCGUCGUCGCCGCAGAAAGGCCUUGGUGCCUAGUCAUGUCGGCGUCGCCGUCGAUGAGCGGCGGUGCCGGGGAGCGGACGCGGACGCGGACGGUGGUGUGGUUCAGGCGGGACCUGCGCGUGGAGGACAACCCGGCCCUAGCGGCGGCGGCGCGAACAGCCGGGGAGGUGGUGCCGGCGUACGUGUGGGCGCCGGAGGAGGACGGGCCGUACUACCCUGGGCGGGUGUCCCGGUGGUGGCUCAGCCAGAGCCUCAAGCACCUGGACGCCUCGCUGCGCCGGCUCGGCGCCACCCAUCUCUUCUUCAACCACCUCUACGACCCGCUGUCGCUGGUCCGGGACCACCGGGUGAAGCAAGUGCUGGGGGCCGAGGGCAUCACCGUGCAGUCCUUCAACUCCGACCUGCUCUACGAGCCAUGGGAGGUCCUCGACGACCACGGCUGCCCCUUCACCAUGUUCACGCCCUUCUGGAACAAGUGCCUCUGUAUGGUCGACCCCCCCGCGCCCAUGCUGCCACCCAAGAGGAUCAAUUCAGGUGACUUGUCGAGGUGCUGCUCAUCGGACCAUCUCAUCUUCGAAGACGAGUCGGAGAGGGGGAGCAACGCGCUGCUCGCACGGGCGUGGUCGCCGGGGUGGCAGAACGCCGACAAGGCUUUCACCGCCUUCAUCAACGGCCCGCUCAUCGACUACUCCGUGAACCGCAAGAAGGCCGACAGUGCAAACACCUCACUGCUCUCUCCCUACCUGCACUUUGGCGAGCUCAGCGUCCGCAAGGUCUUCCAUCAGGUACGGAUGAAGCAGCUAACGUGGAGCAACGAGAGCAACCGCGACGGCGAGGAGGGCUGCAGCCUCUUCCUCCGCUCCAUCGGCCUGCGAGAGUACUCCAGGUACCUCGCCUUCAACCACCCCUGCAGCCACGAGAAGCCCCUCUUGGCUCAUCUCAGGUUCUUCCCCUGGGUGGUCAAUGAGGUCUACUUCAAGGUCUGGAGGCAGGGUAGGACCGGCUACCCUCUUGUCGACGCCGGCAUGAGGGAGCUUUGGGCCACCGGCUGGCUGCAUGACCGCAUACGUGUCGUCGUCUCAAGCUUCUUCGUCAAGGUUCUCCAGCUGCCAUGGCGCUGGGGGAUGAAGUACUUCUGGGACACCUUGCUGGACGCCGACCUUGAGAGCGACGCGUUGGGCUGGCAGUACAUCUCCGGGUCUCUGCCUGAUGGCCGUGAGCUCGACCGCAUUGACAACCCGCAGUUUGAAGGCUACAAGUUCGACCCAUACGGGGAGUACGUCCGGCGAUGGCUGCCGGAGCUGGCGAGGCUACCAACGGAAUGGAUACACCACCCCUGGGAUGCACCCGAGUCUGUGCUGCAGGCUGCAGGAAUUGAGCUAGGUUCCAAUUACCCUCUCCCCAUUGUUGAGCUAGAUGAAGCCAAAUCCAGAUUGCAGGACGCCCUGUCAGAGAUGUGGGAGCUUGAGGCAGCCUCUCGUGCUGAGAUAGAGAAUGGAAUGGAGGAAGGCCUGGGAGACUCCUCAGACGAGCCGCCCAUUGCCUUCCCCCAAGAGCUGCAGCAUAUGGAAGUGGACCUGGACCGUGCCACUAUCCACACACCAGCGACGGCUGGCCGGAGACGAGCAGAUCAGAUGGUGCCUAGCAUCACCUCUUCCUUGGUCAGAGCUGAAACAGAAACAGAACUUUCCGCAGCUUUUGAAAGCCAAGUGACUAGGCCGGAGGUGCCAUCACAGGUGCAUUUCCAGCCUCAGACUCGGACGGAAAUCAGGGAUGAAGUUGCCAGCUACGGCACUGCUGCCAGAUACAACGGCGUCCAGCAGCAGCAGCAGCAGUAUACCCUACACCAUCACCGUGUGCAGGGCGGCAUAGCACCAUCCACUUCAGAGGCAUCAAGCAGCUGGACUGGGAGAGAAGGUGGGGUAGUACCCGUUUGGUCGCCUCCGGCUGCGUCAGGCCAUUCAGAUCCCUACGCUGCGGAUGAAACUGACAUUUCCAGUAGGAGUUAUUUGGACAGGCACCCGCAGCAGUCACAUAGGUUGAUGAAUUGGAAUCAGCUCUCCCAGUCAUCGUGACCUCAGAUGCAUGCUGGAUGAGACAACAGCGGGCUGCCAAGUGGAAAACUUUUGCCCAGAUGCAUGAACGAAUUUAAUUGUGUAGGGAGUUGGAGAGUGACGUAUGUACAUUAUAUUGCCUUCUGUUCACCUAUAGCCUUGGUAUGCAGGAAGAACCAAGUGAUGCAGCUUCAUUCAUGGGUGCAAUAAGUUAUGUAAAACUAGACUUCUAGAACUUCUGUGGUAAUAGUAUAGGUUGCUAGUUGUCAAAAGGAUCUGCACCGUUUAUAUCAGAUAAAGGUUUUGUCUGUAAUGGUACA